AUUAUUUUUCUUCAUGAAAGGUGUAAUAUUGUGUGUUCCGUAUUAGAAUUUAUUUCUAUUACUUUAUUUCAGGUUAACGGAGAUACCAAGAUGCCGUCUACAUCCAACAAAUCGUUCGUGAGGAAAGUCAGCGGGAUGCUGACGUGCAAGCAGGUGCUCAACAUCAUGGUCAUCCUGGGCUUCAUGUUCAACUACAUGCUGCGCGUGAACCUGACCAUCGCCAUCGUCGCCAUGGUGACGCCCAGCAACAACACGGACGGCGCGGGCCACGCGGCGCCCGCGGAGUCGCAGUGCUCGGGGCUACAGCCGGUGGAGGCGAGCGGGCCCGAGCUCGGCCGGAACCUCACGAGGUCUACCUAUCAGCCGGCCCCCGCGGAAGAGCUGCAGCAGACGCGCUAUGACUGGGACGAGUUCCAGCAGAACCUGAUCCUGGGCUCCUUCUUCUGGGGCUACCUGGCGACCGAGGUGCCCGGGGGCCGGCUGGCCGAGGUGUUCGGCGCGCGCCGCGUGUUCGGCUGCUCCAUGCUGGCCGCGUCGCUGCUCACCGUGCUGGUGCCCGCGGCCGCCAGCGCCAGCUACGUGGCGGUGGUCGUCCUGCGAGUCCUCCUGGGGCUCAUGCUGGGGGCUACUUGGCCAGCUAUCCACCCCAUGACCGCCCUCUGGAUUCCACCAAUGGAGAGAAGUCAGUUCAUGUCCAACAUGAUGGCGUCGUCCCUGGGCGCGGCCAUCACGAUGCCCGUGUGCGGCUACCUCAUCGCGGCGGUGGGCUGGCAGUCCGUGUUCUACGUGACGGGGCUGGUGGGCGUGGCCUGGAGCGUCGUGUGGUUCCUGGUGGUGUUCGACUCGCCCGCCCAGCACCCGCGCAUCUCGCGCGAGGAGCGCGAGACCAUCGAGAAGGCCAUCGGCGGCUCCGCCAGCCACAGCAGGCCCAAGAGUGUGCCGUGGCGACAGAUCUUCACAUCGAUGCCUGUGUGGGCGAUUGUGAUCACGCACACUGCCAGCAUCUUCGGCUACUUCACCAUCGUCAACCAGCUGCCCACCUACAUGAAGUACAUCCUCAACUUCAACAUCAAGUCGAACGGCUGGUUCUCGAGCCUGCCGUACCUCGGCAAGUACGUGUUCGCGGUGGCGACCAGCAUGCUGUGCGACUACCUGCGGCGCACCGGCCGGCUGACCACCACCCAGGCCCGCAAGAUCUUCACGACCGUCGCGCUGAGCCUGCCGGCGUGCCUGAUGGUGGCGCAGAUGUUCCUGGGCUGCGACCGGGUGGCCUCCGUCACCUUCUUCACCAUGGCGCUCACCUGGAACGGCGCGGUCACGGCCGGCUACCUCGGCAAUGGGCUGGACAUCGCCCCCAACUUCUCAGGUACAAUAUUUGGCAUGGCCAAUACAUUGUCAUCUAUCGGCGGCUUCUUGUCAUCAUUAAUGGUGGGGUCGCUCACACACAACAAUCAAACCUACGAGCAGUGGCGCGUGGUGUUCGGCGUGCUGGUGGGCACCUACUCGGCGGGCGCCGUCAUGUACCUGGUGUUCGGCACGGGCGAGCUGCAGUCGUGGAACAGCGCCAAGCAGUCCGAGGACGAGGAGUCGACGGCCAAGGAGGCCGUGCCGCUCAAGAACGGCGUCAGCACGUAGAGUAACUACCCUCCGUCCACCAGCCCUCCGCCGCACCUCCCCCGUCGCUGCGACCCGUCUGACGGGCGACUCCAGAGACUGUCCAGGGGCCUCACGAGGGAGCGGUUCAGUCACGACUUGGCUAGCCGCGCGGUGAUCAGUUUCCUGGCUUCGGUUCAUCAGUUGCCGCAAGAUGCAGUCGAUCGAUUUGGCGAGAAAUUACGUAAGUGCACCAUCGCUGAUAAUCCACCUGUCGCAGAGGACAACACAACCGACUGGUGAAAACCACCACUAAAAUAAUUUGAUUAGCUGAACCGUCAGAAAAAUUCUUGUUUUAUCUGUGUUAAGACCAAUCAUCAUCUGUAAUGGUGCAUGUCCGUAAUUUCUUGCCAAAACUACGCACCCAUAUUGCAACAAACAAGCGAUGUAUUGCACUGGGUGCAACUGUUAGUACAAAAUACGAACCAAUAGUCAAUUUUGUGGUAUAUGUUACAUUAAAUUUUUUUUUUUUUAGUAAUUUUGAUGUUUAGAAAUGAACAGACGGUCGUGUAAACUAAAAAAAAAAAAAAAAAAACGAAGUUGUAGAUAUCCAAGAAUUUCUUGAUUAUUUUACUAUGACUUCUUAAAUUAAAUACCAAUGAAUUGUGGUUCCACGCUUAAGAACAACGAAACUAAGCAGUUUCCAUGUUUGUUACCAUGCCUUGAUGAUUUCAUCGGAAUACAUUUGUCAAUUCUGAGUAAGUCACACUCUAUCUUCAUUUCAGUUUUAUUAACUGUGAAAUGCUGAUGAUUAAACUGAAUUUUUAUUGGUAAUUAAAAAAUCUGUUGAAAAAAAAUUAUUUUUAUUUAUUUGUUGGCGUUAAUGUCUAGUAAAACAAAGUUUUAAGGUAAAGUUAUUUAAACACUCAUUUAAAUGAAACUUAUUUGCAACGGAACUUAGGCAUAUCAUUUCUCACUUCAAUGUAUGUAUUUUCAAUUCCUAACAAAUUUUUUUACAUUCAAUAACUGUUCGGAAAAAUUGCUUUAAUAAAUAAGAACUAAAAUGUGGGCAUUUAUUAGGUAGGUUUUAAUUCACUCUAAAUUUUACUCACCUUGGUGAUAACUAUGAUGCUCGAGAUUUGCUUUAAAAUGCCAGGAAGAUAUAGUUUAUUUGUAUUUGUAAUAGUAAAAUUUAUUCUUAUGUGCUACUGCAAAUUGUUUCUGAUUUUUAAUUUUUAUAAUUAAAUGUUUUUUUGUGUAUUUCAAUUUUUAUGGUCUUAAAUGUUAUUGAGAUUCUUGAUUCUAGUUCCAAUAAAACAACUUUCAGUUUUCUGUUAGGCCUCAUCACUAAAAAAAUAAAACAAAUAACUAUGUUAAAAGGUUUGGCUUGUUACAAAAGUUUUUUAUGUCAUCAUGUUACCAUUUGAUUUUACUGAUCAGAUAAAGUCAUUAAAAAAUAUUAUGGGCCUUAUGUACAGUGUAUCUCCAUUCAACAGUACUAUAUUAACUAUAGAAUAGGCUGCUUUAUAACUGUGCCUUGCUUCAUUAAUGUUUACAAUAUUCAGAAUCUUUGUACACACCAUUAAGAAGUGUACUAUCACAAGCUGUACUCAUGCUUUUACAUUUCUAGGUAGUGGUUUCUGAAGCCUUUGCAUGGACUUGUAAUUAAUAAGCGUCUGAAUUUUUUGCCUUAAAAUUACUCAUACAUAUAUAAUGUGUUUCUUCAAGUACUUCUAGUUAGUUAGUUUCAAUUUUUAAAUUUAAUUAGAGUUUCUUCAGAUAAUUCAUAUUUGUUCUCAGGUAAUAUUAAAUUAGCAGCCAGUGUUUUGAAUCGUGCUGAAACCAUAAAUGGAAAGAGUGGAAAAGAUGAUAUAUUUUUGAUAGUACAUUCUAUAAUCAAUCCUUAAAUGAAAUAUUACAUUCGCAGAAAUGUAUACAAAUUUCAGUGACAAUGUAGUAAGUAUAGUUAAAUAUUUCACUAUAAUUAAAGAAUUUUUCAUAUUAACAUAGUUCAACUCUUAGAAGAUUGGAUUUAAUCAUUUGAUUAAAAUAUUUUUGAGAGGUGUCUGCAGUUCGUUUGUCAAUUCUGUGAAUCGUGAAGAUAAUGUGUAAAACUUUCCCUCCCCCCCUUUUUUUCUCUCAAAGUUUUCAUAUUACAUUUUAUAUGGCAUCCACAAAAAAAUUUUUUUGACACUAUAAAACAUUUGCAAAAAAACACAUUGGUGGGAAAUUCUUGUGUUGAAGCAUACUGCAUCACUAAGCAUGGAUGAGAAAAGCGAGGGGAAAGGAAAACAUCCUAUAUUGUUUAAAUUGUGGGAUUAAAUAUUCAACACUAACCUUACCGAUGAAUUAUAUAAAUCAAGCUUAGAUAUUUAGCUUGCAGCAGUAACAUUGCAAGUAAAUAACUAUGCAAUGUUUUAAAUUUAUUUCUUAAAUUCAACAAAAUAAAAAUAGUAAUGCAAAUUAUAGCAGAUUCUAUAUCUUCUCUUUCUUCUUUUUUAUCUUUUCUAAAUGCUGUAAAUGGCCUGCAAGCAGUUAUUUAUACCACAACCACUAGGUACAUUUAAGGACAGGUUGGUGUAGGUUACAGUUAUUGCCACAUGUUUAGUAAAGUUAUGUAGCUAUGAAUUAAAUUGUAAAAAGCCCGAUGAAAUGUCCAUCCUAUAAGAUCCAAAGUUAAUUCUCAACUGUGAACAGUGGUGGGUUAAGAAUAUCUUGAAAAGGCAGGAUAGGAACUCUUGUGUUCAUAAACAUAGGUUUUUGCCAGUUUUGCCAAUAAAAUGUAAUUUUAUCCACUGUUAGUUGUGAUUUAGAAUAAUUUUUUGGACAUACACCAUUGAUAUUGCUAGUUACUCUGUAUUCCAUAAUAAACCGCAGUAACAAACAAAAUAUUUGCAUAUAGGUAAAGGUGUCUUAUGGCACAUAGUGUAAUUAGUAAUGGCACAUGUAAAAUAAAAUUUUUAAAAAAUCUUCCCCAUUACAAGACCCACUCAAAGAACUUUUAGUUUUGAUCAUAAUAUGUUUUUGUGUGUAGGAAGAAGUCAUGCCAUCCAAUCCCCCAUGGAUCCUAUGCCUUUAUUGUUUAGUUUCUGAUACUCUUGUGACUGACUACGUACUGUGAGCUCAGUGUGUAUGUAGAUGUAGCAAUACAUGCGGACUGAAACAUUUCAGUUGGUCCCUUAAGGUUUGUUUGGUCAGUGUUAUGAUUCCUUAAAAGAACAGGCACACAUGUGUAUUACAUACAUUUAGGCUAUUUCUAUUUUAUGAAACAUGCUAAACGUGAUGAUUCAUUUGGCAACCAAACAAAUGUUCAAUUUCGGCCAUGAUUUUUUUUCUGUUUACCUAUGUACUAAAGUAGAACAAAUAGAAGAAAUUAUAAUUGCAGGAUUUUUCAAAUAUGUUGGCGAUACAAAACACAUUGUGUGAUUAAAAACCAUUUGCAUAAUAAAGGCAAAUAUAUGACAAAUAUUGGUAGCAUCCAUUAUAAAAUAAAGUUUUGCCCUGGCAAAGUUUUAUUGAAAAUGAAAGCAAACAAAAAUUUUUAAAGUUUGCCUUGAUAAAAACUUUUUCAUACUAUUAAAUAUAGUAACAGAAACAUUUUAUGUAUUCAGUUAUCUUACAACAGCAUUCCUGAUGAGUUUUUUAAUGUGAGAUUUAAAAUGACAAACCAUUGAUAACAUGUGAUGAAAGAGGAAUAAGUCAAUCAGUUCUGGUGUUAAUAUUUUGUAUAUGUUUUUUGUGUUACAACUGAUGGGUAUCAAUGUACUAUACAUGGAUGAAAAGUUAUUUUUGUUUUUAAGUUUUAUAUAAAAAAACGUUGUGUAUAUUUGUAUAUUGUCUUUUAGUAAAACAUGUCUGAAAAUAGUUUCCUGCGGUUAUUAUUGUUAACAUUUUUGUGGACAAAAAAGUAACUUUAUUUAAAUUCUCAGUUAUAGUGUGUUCAUGAAAGAACACAGUCCCGUGAUUGGCUCUAGGGAUAGGACUGGGGCACCCCGAUGGUGCAGGGUAAGUCAGCGCUGUAGCAAAACAUUGGACUCACAUCAGAAGGAACCCGUGUUGGCAUUCUGAUUCAGUUCUCCUGAUUUCAGUCCAAUUGGCUCACUGGAAUCACUUCAGGCAAAUGCUGGACCACUACCAGUUCAUUCCCAAUGUCUCUGCAUUGCACUCGAGCAGGCAUUGUGCGUGUUUGAUGAUCUCCUUGUCGCUGACUUGAAGCGGUUACUAAAAAAAUAACAAUUGUUAAAAGUGUUGUGAGCUCAACUAACACGUUAAGUGUAAUAAUACACAAGGAAAGGAAAAAAAAACAGUGUAUUGGAAGAGGAAACACUUACCUACCUGUUAAACUGCACAUUAGUGAUGGCUCAAAUAAUUUUAUAUUUUUAAAUAUCCGAAUUCCAAAUUCGGUUUCACAAAAUUUAUCGGCGAGAUUUUGACAAAAAAUACUAAAAUAUAUAAAUUUUUAACACGUGUAUACAAAAAAAAAUUAAAUAACUAUUGACACUGAUGCACUGACAUGUGCCUACAGUAUAGUAACAUACUGUCCUCAGUUAUAUUUUGCAAAUUUUUUCACAUAUAGAGGGUUACAACCCUCCUAUUUACUUCCCUUUCCCCCGCCAACUGUUACUGCCAUUGGCGAAAAUCAAUAUGUUAAAUUAUUACAUAAUUUUAAACAAUUAUAAAAACAUAGAAUUAAUACAUAUAUAAUUUAAACAAUUUCUGUAUGUCAAAAAUGUGCCUUACAGUGCUAAACAAACAUUAUCAAAGCAUUUUUGCUGGUGGCAAAUACAUUUUAUUUGAUACCUUCUAGUGAUAAAUAAAUAUCCUAUUUAACUACACAGGCGCUAGUGUUUGAAUUUUAUAAAUUUAUUUCCUUUAAUAUUUUUCUUAGAAUUUAGUUUUUAUUUUGUAUAAAAUCAAUCUAACAAUAAAUAUUUUAUGAGAUUGGAGGAUUUGAUUGACUCAUUCCUAAUGCACUACCUUUAGUUGUUUGCAUCAAAAUAAUUACAUUAGGUUGCCAUAAGGCUCGCUAAACGUUCCAUAUUGCAAAUAUAACCCAUAAUUAAUUAAAUCAGUGAAUUUUUUUGGAGUUAUCUCAUUACACCCACAACUUCAUACCACAUACACAUAUAAUUAAUGUUUUUACCAUAUUCAUUUGUGCUGAAAAUAUUAGUCUAAAAAACAUUGAAAUAUCAGAAAAAUAUCUUCAGAAGUAGAUUAAGUAAAAAAUGACCUCAUUUAAUUUUUAUGCCAUAACAUGUUAGUUUACAGUGUAUUUGUGUGUUAGACUAAAAAAAAAAUAUUAUAGAGCAAUGAACUAAAUUAUCUUAUGGUAUCACUGGUGUUUACUUAUGCACUUCCUACUUUAAUUAAGCUUGAUAUUUUCAUGCUGGCUGUAAAAAUCACAGGUUAACUUGUUUGAAACUAUAUAUUUUAUAAUAAUAUAAGUAGAUGAGAUUUUUCUCUUUAUCUGUCCUUUCCUGAAAUUUGUAAGUCAUUGCUGGGUUUACCUAGCUGUUAUUGGUAUAUUUUUAAUGAUUAAUUACUGCAACUAUCUUACAAAAAAAGAGUUUUAUUAUGUUCACGUGAUAAUAACUUUACUCUCAGCCAACUCUUUGGAAAACCAUACAAACUUGGUGGUCGAACCUACACUUCAUUAUAAUUGUACUAAUACAUAAUUUCAUUUUCUAAAAUAUUAUUCUUGUAUUUAAAGUAAAGAGAUCAAUGCAUGCAAACAAUAAGUAAAUUGCAUACACUAGAUUCUCUGCUCAAAUUUGAAAUUGUUUGUGUACACUUAAACUGGUUAAUUUAUAAGAUUAAUAAAUAACCACAAUUGUGGUUGUGAACUUUAAAAUGUGUUUGUUUUCAGUUCAAUACAGAACAUCAAA